AUUUGCUCUGCGUAGUCAGUGUGUUAUAUGAUAGGAAGAUGCAUCGUUGGCGUGGAAAAGUAGCGAUCGUGACCGGAGCGAGUGCUGGUAUCGGUGCAGCGAUAGCGAGAGCAUUGCCAAGCCACGAUAUCAAAGUGGUCGGUCUGGCGAGAAAUAUAGAGAAACUGGAAAAACUUGCGGACGAAUUAGGAAGAGAUAAAUUUUUCCCAAUUAAAUGUGACGUUACAAAAGAAGAAGAUAUUUUGAAAGCGUGCAAAUGGGUCGAAAAGGAAUUGGGAGGUGCUGAUAUUUUGAUAAACAAUGCUGGCAUCGCCCAAUUAAAUGCUUUGAUUGACCAAAAAACUGAAGAUUAUCGUAACGUCUUGGAUACUAAUUUAUUGGCACCGGCAAUUUUUUCACGAGAAGUAAUAUUGUCUAUUAAGAAACGAAAUGCACAAGGGCAUAUAAUCAAUAUAUCUAGUAUAUCUGAAUCUCAUCUCGAUGCCAUUCUUAUACCAUUGGGCAUGUAUGGCGCGUCUAAAAGUGGUCUACGUAGUUUAGGCUCGGAACUUCGAAAUGAAAUCAUUCUGAAAGAACUGGAUAUUAAAGUCACGAAUAUUGCACCAGGAACAGUAAUAACGGACAUGUUGACAAAUGCGCUUGGAUCUAAUGUUAAUAUUCCAAGUUCUAUUUUAUUACCUGAAGAUAUCGCGGAUGCAGUAGUUUAUGUAUUAGGAACACCAAUAAGAAUAGAAAUUCCACAAAUCACGAUAAUACCACACAAUGAGUCAUUCAUUCCGAAAUUUGCAUUAGAAAUUCUGUCAAAUAUCUCAAAUAAAUACAAAGAAAAAAUAAUAGAAAAGAUGAAUCGUUGGCGUGGGAAGGUAGCGUUGGUAACUGGGGCUAGUAGUGGUAUCGGUGCUGAAAUAGCCAAGCUUUUGGUGAAGAAUGGCGUUAACGUGGUCGGUAUUGCCAGGAAUAUGGAAAGAUUGGAAAAAAUUGGCGAGGAGAUCGGAAAGGAUAAGUUUUUCCCGAUUAAAUGCGACAUAAUGAAGGAAGAGGAUAUUUUGAACGUAUUCGAAUGGGUCGAAAAGAAAUUUAAGGGCAUUGAUAUUUUAGUAAACAACGCUGCUAUUUUACAUAGCGGUUUUUUCAUUGAUCAGAAAACCGAGGAAUAUCGUAAGAUAUUAGAUACGAAUUUAUUAGCUCCCGCGAUAUUCUCACGAGAAGCUGUAUUGUCUAUGAAAAAACGAGAUACCCAAGGUCACAUAAUCAAUAUUUCUAGCAUUGCCGGAUCUCAUCUCGACGCUAUACUUAUACCACUCGGUUUAUAUGGACCGACUAAAGGCGGUAUGCUCAAUUUAAGCACAGAACUUCGUCACGAAAUCAUUCAGAGUAAAUUGAAUAUCAAAGUCACGACUAUUGCUCCAGGACUUGUGAUGACAAAUAUGAUAAAUGAGUUAAUUAAAGAAAGAGAAAAGCAAAAUAUUUACACACAUUCAUUAGAAGCUAUAGAUAUUGCUGAAGCAGUAAUUUACGUGCUAGAAACACCGGAAAGAGUGGAAGUAAGUGAAAAUAAGAUACAUGAAAUUCUUAUAAAAAUACUUAUCGCAUGUAGAUUAUCAACUAUUAUAAUUUACAAUAUAUUUUUCGAUUUUAUAUAUAUAUAUAGAAAAAAAGAUAUCACACUGUUAUAAUUUUAAAAUAUAUGAU